AUCACCUCUCCAGCUAGGAGGCCCGGGGAAAUGGCCCAUUCAUUGCCAAAACUCGCCAUCAUCUCAGACUCAGUCUCAUCCGCAGCAUCAUGAGCGCCGAGGCUACGUCGCGACCUAUCGACGGCUACGUAGAUCCAAAUUUCCCGAAUCCCAAUGGCGGAUGGGACACUCCAGUCAUCAUAUAUGGCUACACGCCGGAUUUCUCGCUCGCCGUCUUCGCUGUCGUGUGGUUCUUCCUAUUCCUGUUCGUCCAUUUAUUCCAAACGAUUCGCUAUCGAAGCUGGUACUUCAUUACAUUCCCCAUCGGUCUACUGCUCGAAAUCGUUGGCUACAUCGCCCGAACGCUGUCGGCCAAGAAGGACCCGUAUAACUUGCUGUACUUCAUCCUCAACUACUUCUUCAUCGUUACCGCGCCCGUUUUCCUCGCCGCCGGCAUCUACACGAUCCUAUCAGCACUAAUGCCAAGGCUUGGUCGCCAGUACUCGUUCCUCCCGCCGCGAGCAAUCUUGUGGUUUUUUAUCACUUCAGAUGUCAUCGCUACGAUUGCCCAGGUCGCCGGCGCAGCCCUCAUCGGCGUCCGGGAGUCCAACCGAGAGGACCCUACCGACGCCAACAAUAUUCUCCUAGGCGGGUUGGCGUACCAAGUGUUCUCCCUUGGCGUUUUCGUCAUUUUAUCGGCCAGUUUUCUCUUCCGCGCGCGACAUGAGAUCAAACGUCCCGGCAAGGGUUUGACAGGAUUCGCCAUCUCAUUUUCUGUGGCGACUAUCCUAGUAUACGUGCGAACGUGCUUCCGUCUUGCAGAGACAGCCGAGGGCGUAGGUGGUUAUCUAUCCUCUCAUGAGAUAUACUUUGCCUGUCUGGAGUUUGCGCCGAUUGCUGCAGCUGUGUUAUUACUUGCGGCCUGGGCACCAGGCCGUUGUGUUGGGAGGAAAGUCAGAAGCCCAAUCCCCUCACCAGCACAUUCAUCAUACAAUCAACUUCAUAUAUUCUGCUUUCGCCAUUCGCCCACAAUGCCUCCCCUCCCUUCGUCCACCAGUCACUUGCCUCGGAUUGUUACAUACUACCAAACUCACCAUGACUCCGCAGGCAACCCAAUCUCCGUCCUACCUCUCAUCACCCAACCAGGCAUCGCUCUCACGCACAUAAUCGUUGCUGCCAUUCACAUCAACGAACACCCUGACAAAAUCACCCUCAACAACGACCACCCCUCGCACCCGCGCUUUCAGACCCUCUGGGCUGAGAUGCGCGUCCUCCAGGCCUCCGGCAUCAAAGUCCUGGGCAUGCUGGGCGGCGCCGCCAAGGGCAGCUAUCAGCGGCUUGACGGGGACGAAAGCCAGUUUGAGAGGUACUACCGCCCUGUGAGGGACAUGAUCCGAGAGCAUGGGUUGGACGGACUGGAUCUAGACGUGGAAGAGGAGAUGAGCCUCAACGGAAUUGUCCGACUGAUUGAUCGUCUGCGGACCGACUUUGGCCCCGACUUCAUCAUCACACUGGCCCCGGUUGCCAUGGCGUUGCUCGACUUCACCAAGAACCUCAGCGGCUUCGACUACGAGGCACUCGAGGUCAUGCGCGGCCGGGACAUUGCCUGGUAUAAUACGCAGUUCUACUGCGGCUGGGGUGACGUCCGAACUCCCCUCAUGUACGACUACAUGAUCCGCAAGGGGUGGCCGCCGGAGAAGGUUGUCGUCGGUUUAGUCACGAGCCCUGCUAACGGCGCGGGUUUUGUGCACUGGAAUCCUCUAGGCAUGGUUCUCACCACCUUAUUAGGACGGUACAGCAAAUUUGGGGGAGUCAUGGGUUGGGAAUACUUCAACAGCAUGCCUGGUGGCAACGAGCGGCCUUGGGAGUGGGCGAAAGAGAUGACGACGCUGAUGAGGGGGCCGCUUCUAACACAGACAGCAGCACCUGCAGUAAAUGCGACAACAAAGCCAAAGGAAGAGGUGCCACUGAAGAAAGACGAGAUAGACCCCGAUACACCUGGUGGAAAGGACACACAAGUUCCGUCACAGUUCGACUACUAUACAGAUUCAUCCGACGACGAAUGAUAGACAAGAGAUAGAUCUUGAUUUUGAACAGCUUCAUUUAGACAUUGUUUUGGGAAUUCCUUUACGAAAACUCCGCUUCAAUACCCAAUGCGAAAAUACUGACUUGCCUUUGGUAGGUCUUGUUUUAAACGUCCUCGACAAAACUGUGUAAGUGGGAACCAAGCCCGAACGGUCAAACCAAUCACUUUCGGAGAGCGGUAGUUAAAAAGAACAGCACUUGGUCCUAGAUUCCGAUCCUAGUGCCAUUAGUGCUACUGUUUCCACGAUGCGAACCGUUGGUCUUGUUGUGAGACGGCCCAAUCUUCUUCACAUCUGCGCCAUUGCUAGGGACCACGCCAAGAGCAGGCGGAAGUAUGGAGCAUCAAGC